CACUACUCUGGUAACUCCAGUAGUGACUGUAGUGACUGUAGUGACUGUAGUGACUGUAGUGACUGUAGUGACUGUAGUCACCAGAGGAGCAGUGAGGACAUGGCUCCGGAUCCUCUGCGGAGUAAGAUUGUGAAGACAUUCAGAUUACAUGGGUUAUCCUUGAGGAGCGAGGGGAGCACCUACCUUCAGUCACUGCUGCGAGAAUCAGAUCACUCCGAAGCGGAUGAAGCAUUAUCUCGUAUUAUAGACGUGUUAAGUAACCUCAACCUUCCCUCCCCAGUUGUGGACAAAUCAGUACUCGAGUCUGCUGUUUCAGAGUGUAAUGACGAUGUUCAGCCUGAGAACUCAGACAAGAUGUUUAAUGUGAUAGACGUAUUUGAAGCUCCCCGGCACAAAUACAACUACGAACGUAAGAAGCUCCUCCUGGACACGUCCCCUAAAUCCCUAUUUGGCUGUGCUGCCGACAAGACGCGCAUCACAAAGGACCGGUACUGGCUAAUCAUGCAGAGGAUCGAGCGACACGACCUGUUUACGCCGCCAGUACCGGGCGCUAUUAGUCAGAGUCACAAGUUUGAUCUGCAGACGGUGGAGCAAGUGUUGGGGCAGCAGGGCGAGCAUAAACACACUAUUGUCAUGGCUAUGUUAGUGCAGAUCGAGGAGGGCAAGUAUUUUCUAGAAGAUGCCUCGUCCCACAUGCUGUGCGACCUGAGUGCUGCUAAAUUCCACGUAGGAAUGUUCACUGAGAACACCUUCGUUCUAGCUGAGGGUUCUUACGACGAUGUUAAGAAUGUGUUCAAGGUAUCAGGAGUGGGGCUGCCACCCCCAGAACCCCCCAGAAUCACCAGGAACUACUUUGGGAGCACAAACUUCUUCGGAGGUCCCUCCACGGCCAGUGUGGGGAGUAUUCAGCUGCUGAGGGACAUGGAGCGGGAGAAGCAGGAUGCUAUGUUUGUCUUCGUAUCAGAUGUUUGGUUAGACCAACCCUCAGUUUUGAGCAAGCUGAAGACUAUGUUUACUGGAUACAGCAAGGUCCCGCCCUUUGCUUUUGUCUUCUUCGGUAACUUCACCUCUGGACAAUCACAUAAGAACACUGUCAGUAAGAUGAAGGCAGGAUUUAAGGCUCUAGCAGACAUGUUGUCCUCUUUCCCCUCUCUAUGUUCAGACUCCUACUUCCUCUUCGUCCCCGGUCCUCAGGAUCCAGGCCCUGGUCCGGUCCUCCCCCGCCCUCCUCUCCCCGCCUCUAUUGUGGAGCCCGUCACCAAGAAACUAGCACGUGCCCGCAUGUGUUCUAACCCUGCACGUGUCCAGUAUUGUAGUCAGGAAAUGGUGUUGUUCAGGGAGAAUCUAAUUAACAAGAUGUGCAGACAUUGUAUCAAGUUUCCGCUGCGCAGCGAGGAAUUGCACGUGCAUUUAGCGAAGACACUGCUGUCACAAGGACAUCUGGCGCCGUUACCGCUACACGCCAUGCCCGUGUACUGGUCACAUGACCAUGCCCUCAGACUCUACCCAAUACCGGAUGUAGUGGUGGUAGCUGAUAAGUAUGAUGCGUUUAGCGUGUCAGCUACUGACUGUCUCAUCUUCAACCCUGGCAGCUUUCCUAAAAGUAAUUUCAGUUUUAAAGUGUAUUUGCCUGCUCAGAAAAAGAUUGAAAACUGUGAAAUUUCAACGUAGAUUUUACAAACCUUUUUACAUUUUGAUUAUGUUUUUAAAGCUUUUAGUUGCCAUGUUGUAUUUGAAGUUCUAUCAUAUAAAUUAUUUCUAAAUUAUAUAAUCAUUUCUAAUUUACUGUCAACAUGACUAUUAUGAUAAUUCAUUUCAA